AUGUCAUACAGCUAUCUAUUCAAAUUCAUUCUUAUCGGCGACACAGGGGUUGGAAAAUCAUGCCUUCUAUUGUAGUUCAUCGACAAAAGAUUCCGACAAAAACAUGAGGUGACUAUUGGUGUAGAAUUUGGAGCAAAACUAAUCGAAUUAGACGGGUUGAACAUUAAGUUACAGAUAUGGGACACUGCUGGGCAAGAAUCCUUUAGAUCCAUUACUCGAUCAUAUUACAGAUCUGCUGCAGGUGCUAUUGUGGUUUAUGACAUUACGAAAAGGGAAAGCUAUGAAAAUGUGGCUAGAUGGAUGGAGGAAGUGAAAUAGAAUGGAAAUCCAAAAUUGUCUAUGCUCUUAGUUGGUAAUAAAGGCGAUUUGGAAUCAGAUCGAUAAGUUUCAUACAAUGAGGCACAAUAAUUUGCAAAGGAAUGUGGAAUAGAAUUCUUCGAAACCAGUGCAAAGACUGCGAAUAAUGUGGAGGAGAUAUUUAUCAAGAUGGCAUAAAUAAUAUUAGAGAAAAUCAAUCUAGGAUAAAUUGACCCCAAGAAUGAAAACUUUGGAAUCAAAUUAGGCAGCGAACAAGUCAAUUAUUCUCAUGGAAAUUAAAACAUUACUAACUUGGAGUAGCAACAGGAGUAUUAGCCUUAUGAAGAAAAGAAGAAAUCUGGUGGGUGUUGUUGAAGAUUGAAAUUAUCAAAAUAUUACAUUGAUUUAGAAGUUGAUUUAUAUA